AUGACGCACUUGCAACGUUACCCGAACGUGGAUCUAAACGUGGCGGCCGCCGGGGCGCUGAUUGAUGGUUUCAGGGAUUUGAUCAAGCAGGCGGACGCGACGACGGCGUCGGGCGCGGACCGCGACGCUGCUCUGCCGACAACGCAGCCGGGGGGGUGCGAGGCUGGAUUCACCACGCGAGAUGAUAACAAUGACGCCAGAGGCAGCAGGGAGAGGUCUGCAGAUGGCACCGGCGACAUUGGCCAACUCGAGCGGUAUCUCAGGCUCCAUCUGCCCCAAGCGGUCAGCGAGCGUCUUGGGGACUCGCACGUUGCAACGAACGACAUGCCAGAGGCGGAGCGGGAGAGGAUGGUCCGCAUUGUACAAGAUGCGCAAAACGAAGUCAUGCGGAGCUUUCACUCGCGCGUCCGGUUGGACUCGGGGCUGGAAAGGGCACACGGCCCUCGGGAAGACGAACAGUAA